AUGGCUGCAGCCAGUCCCGUCAGCCACCCCAAAUCAGAUGUCACCUCCUUUCGUGCUAUGUCUGUUCGACUCUCUCUCCCAAGAUGCCUCAUCUGUGUCAACUUUUUGUUGACCAUUCUCCUGGGACUGACAUGCCAGGGAACCCCUGGCCUCACCUCAUCAAGCAAAGUGUUGAUAAUGAACUAUUCUGUGAAAUUCACUGUGACAUCACACUAUGUCCACACCUUGGUCACCUUAAUCCUGUUUAAUCCACAUGCUGAGGCCAAAGAAGCCAUCUUUGACCUGGAUCUUUCUCGUCUUGGCUUUAGCUCCAACAUCACUAUAACCAUUAAUAAUAAAGUUUACCUUGUAGGAGUCAGAGAAGCAUAGACAAAGAAAAUCCAUGAAGAAGCCCUUCAACAGGGAAAGAUACCCCAUACCUUUCCUGCUCGCCUCUCUUUCUAUCCCAAGGACUGGGAGUCAGAGAAGUUCCACAUCUCUACUAACCUGGCAGCAGGCAAUCCAGUGACAUUUGGGGUCUAUGAGGAGCUGCUGCAGUGGCACCAGGAAAAGUACCAGCUGGUGGCGAGCCUGAGGCCUGACCAAUUGGUGACAAGGCUUAGUGUAGAGAUGACAGUUUCAGAAAGGACAGGUAUUGCCUAUGUGAAUAUGCCACCCUUGAGGACCUGCUGUCUGCUCACGAGCAACCACUGAAGUGAGACUGACUCAGCCCCAUCCACCAGGAUUGAGAGGGGAGACACCUGUGUUCAUAUCACUUUCUACCUAUCACUGCAAGAAUACUCAGACUUCUUCAGCUCAGGCAUUGAGGUCAUGGAGGACAUCAUUGGAGAGGUGCAGAAAGGGCUGGCAGCUGAUAGAAAGAAGCAUGGAUGUGAGGGCCCGUGCAAGAAGCAUGAAGACCUGAGAGAAAUAGGCUUGGACUUGUGCUUUGGUCAUUUGAGAUGGAGGUGGAGGGUGGGCCUGAGGAGUAUCCAGCAGGCAACCCCAGCAGGAAUUGGUUUAUGCGGAGGCUUCCCACUUAUGGGGGAAAAUGUGGUCUUCAUUAUACAUAUGAGCAGCUCUAUGUUUGGUACCAAUAUGAAGCAGCUGUCUCAGACAAUUAGUGAAGUUUCCCCUUUAAACUCAGCCCUUUCUUCCUCUAUAGUAAGAAGAUGGGGGCGUUCUAUCUUUGGGGGAGGAGCUGAUAUCGACACAGCUCUUCUGGCAGCUGUGUCACUGCUCAACCACAGCAACCAGAAGCCUGAGACAGGCUCCAGUGUGGGGAGGAUCCCUCUCAUCAUCUUCCCGACAGAUGGGGAGCCCACCACGGGUAUGAUCCUCUCCAAUGUCUGCCAGGCAUUGGGCCACAAGGUGUCCCUUUUCAGUUUGGCCUUUGGGGAUGAUACUGACUUCUUGCUGCUGUCCGUGGAAAUGGAAGCAGUCUGGUACAUAUAUGAGGACACUGAUAUAGCCCUGCAGCUAGAGGGUAUCUAUGAGGAGAUCUCCAUGCCCCUGCUGGCCGAUGGGAGUUCUGACUACUUGUUUGGGGCCUCACCUUGGGCACUACCUAACUACUUUGGUGCCUCAGAGAUAGUAGUGCCAGGUCAGGUGCAGGCAGUUGAACAGGAAGUGGGCAUUCACUUAUCUGCCCAUGUCCCCCAGGGUCAGCCUCUGAAGGCCUGCCACAGUGAGGUGGCCACCAAUAGCAGCAACCCAGGAGAGCCAGGCCCCAAUGUGGUUCACUUCAUACAAUGCCUCAGGGCCUAUGUCACCCCUGGAGAGCUACUGGAGGCACGAUUCCAGGCAUACAAUACCACCACUCCUCACCUGCUGACUGCCAACACUCUCAACCUAUCCCUUGAAUACAAUUUUGUCACACUUCUGACUUCCCUGGUAAUGGUACAGACCAAGCAGGCCAGCAAAGAGGCCAGGAGACAAACCCUCAGCACAGGUGAGUCAGGUAACAUUAUGGCCUCUUUCAUUAGCAGGCACAGGCUAGAGGUAGAUACAUGCAUCCACCCCAAGGUCUCCUCCAAAUCAACGACUGUGAGACUAAAGUUCUACAUGUCCUCAACUGCUCCUGCCUCUAUAAAGAAAAUGCCAAGUUCUAAGGAUCUUGAGCCACUGGGUCAGACUCUUUGCUGUUUUUCAUACACCCAUAGCCCCAAAUCUCCAGCACAACAGGAUUCUGGCACCUUGGCACAGCCAACUUUCAGGAUGAGACCUGCUGCUCUUGUACCAUCUGAUUCUGGUGCUCUAUUGCCUCUGUAGCUAAGCACUUCAUCACACCAGAAUCCUGGUAUUCUAUUAUCCAUGAAUCCCAAGUCACAACUCCCACCUCUGAAUCUGGAUACCCCAGCCCAGCCCAAAUCUGACACUAGGAAACAUGUUAUUCCAUACCUGACUUGGAGUCACCACAUGUCAGAUCCACACACUAGACCUAGAGUUCCUGCCUCCAAAACUUCAAACAACCUGCCCAUACCUGGUAUCCUCAGCCUAGGCACACUUGCAAAUACAAUCCCAGGUCCUACAGGUCCCAAAAAUACCAUGACCACCCCUGCCCUUGGAGUACCCCUCCACACUUCCUUUACCCUGACCCUGCCAUCUCUGCUACCCCCUGUAAGAUUCUGGCUCCACCAUGGCCUAUUUCCAGGACCCCAGAAUACCAGGCUAGUUCUGGAACCACCUGUGCCAGGAGUCCCAACAAUGGGCAUUUUACCAAACAAUUCCAGGCCUACACCAGAAAGCAGCCAGCCAAAUCUGCCAAUCUUGCUGCCUCCCAGCCCCCUACCUGAGAUUAUUAGUCUGCUCCUUCUCUCAGAGUAGGCAGAGCUACCAUCCGAGUUGAUCAUGAAGUCCAAGUUUGUGGAGUCUUUGCACCCACCAACUUUCUAAAUCUUCCUCACAAAGAUCAUCCGUGCCCUGAGUAAGCAGUCAAGUUACAAUAGGGGAAGAAAGGAGCACAAAUAG